UCUGAGAGCAGUGUUGUAGGAGUCUGCUUGCACGAACGUCUGCCUGUUGAUUUAUCCUGCAGAAACAGCAACAGAGGAUCCAACAUGAUACCUUCAGUUACACUCAACAAUGGGGCAAAGAUGCCUAUUGUGGGUCUAGGAACAUGGAGGGCAGACCCAGGAAAGGUCACUGAGGCUGUUAAGGUGGCUAUAAGUGCUGGUUAUAGGCACAUUGAUGGCGCUUACGUGUACCAGAAUGAAAAAGAAGUUGGAGCUGGGAUUCACGCCAUGAUUGACCAAGCAGUGGUAAAGAGGGAGGAUCUAUUCAUUGUCAGUAAGUUGUGGUGCACCUUCCAUCUUCCAUCUCUGGUGAGAGGAGCCUGUGAGAAGACGCUUAGUGACCUGAAAUUGGAUUACGUGGACCUUUACCUCAUGCAUUUGCCUAUGGGAGCCAAGCCAGGGGAUGAGAUAUUUCCAUGUGAUGAGAAUAACCAGCUCAUUUCUGAUGGCAGUAACUUUUUGGACACCUGGGAGGCUAUGGAAAAGCUGGUGGAUGCUGGUUUGGUCAAGGCUAUCGGCAUCUCCAACUUCAACAAAGACCAGAUUGAAGCCCUACUCAACAAGCCAGGCCUCAAGUACAAGCCUGCCAACCACCAGAUUGAGUGCCACCCGUACCUGACCCAGGAAAAGCUGAUCAACUACUGCCACUCAAAGGGCAUCUCAGUGACAGCUUACAGCCCCCUGGGCUCCCCUGACAGACCCUGGGUGACAUCUGAUGAUCCCUCGCUGCUGGAGGAACCUAAGAUCAAGGCUAUUGCUAACAAGUACAACAAGACUGCAGCACAGGUUCUCAUCAGAUUCCACAUCCAGAGGAAUGUGAUCGUCAUAGCCAAGUCAGUAACACCCCAUCGGAUCAAGGAAAAUUUCCAGUUGUUUGACUUUGAGUUAAGUGAAGACGACAUGAAGACCAUGCUGACGGGCUUCACAGAGAGGAGAGUAUUCUUACUACAGUGGGCCUCCACACACAAAGACUUCCCCCUGAAUACUGAAUAUUAGCUCAUCAGAACAUGCUGCACCAUUUCUGCCUUGCACCAACGAUUUAGUUUUCCUUUAAUAGAAUUUACACAGUCUUAUCAAACUACUCCCUAACCAAUGUGACAGCUGAAUUAUUAUGUUACUAAACUUGUGCUGGAUCAAUUUUCAUAUAAUACUCACCACUGGAAUAAUAAAUUCAGUGAAUGUACUGGUUAUAUAGAUGUAUAGAGUACAACAGUGGUUGUAAAAUAAAUGUGUGGGGUAAUACCUGACAAAGGGUAAAUGACAUUAACUGUGGGUGACAGAGAUUGAACAUGAUCACUAUGAAUGCUAUGUAGGUACUGAAGUAAGACAACAAAAAAGAUGAGAGGUCAAGUACAAACAGUAGAUGUUAAGGUAGAUUUCAGUGGUGUGAUGUAACAAAGUAAAAAUGCCCAGACGGGCUUCUCUGGAGAUACUGGCUAUAUAUUUACAAGAGAUGCUCACAGCGACUCUAUUGUCUAAGGAAUCUUAUUGGCCUCAGUGUUAGUAAGCAGAUUUUAGAAUUAGUGUACAAAACCGUGGUUGAGAGUGUUUUACCUUUUCACCUUCCUGCCUGGUCGUUUUAACUGUACAUCUAAGAAUAAACUCUGGGAUUGUGACAAUGGUAGGUUAAAUAGUUGGCAAGCCACAAAAGCCUUUGACGCAACUCUACAGAAAGGAAAAGGACAAAAGUGAGGAGUAUCUAGGCAGAUAGCUCUCAUGCUCUCUUCAGCCAGUUUGAGCUCUUGAGCUCCAGGGGGCGCUAUAGAGUACCCCUGGCAACUACAACUGUAUUUAAGAAGUCCCUCAUUUGAAGUGCCAUCAGUAUUCUUAACUCAUAUAUGUUCUUACGUAUGUUAAGUGUUUUCUAAUGACCUUGUAUGUUUUUUUACUCGUCUUGAAGCUUAUUUGCUUUUUAUUAAGUUGUCUCUUGUGUCUGGUGAGCUGAAGACAAAUUUCCACCCUGGUGGGCAAUAAAGAUAUAUUCUACUCUGCUACUUAGUUUUUUUUGGGGAGUAUCUGUACUUUGCUUGAGUUUUUAUACUUCUGACAACUUUCACUUUUACUCCAGUACAUCUCCCCUAAGCAUCAUAGUGACUUACUACAAAACAGGGAAGGAAGGGAGGAUGGAAGGAGGGACUGAUGGAUGAAUAAAUGAAGGAAUGGGAAGAAGGAAAAACUGGAAUUUGUUCUCUAAAUCCUAUAAGUUGUGAAUACCCAAUUUCAUCUCAAGUGUAAUGUAACCUCCAUUUUGUAGGUGGUGUACAUGUAAAGAAGAAACCAUUGCAGCCUCCAGUAUCCGUGUGAAUAUGUUUUGUUAGUAUGCUUCUGCUAAGCCUGGAUGCACCAAUUCUCAUCUAUCAUUCUAAGAUUGGAGACUUGAGUCCCACAGUAGAGCGAGUAAGGAUUCCAGGAGAUAGAGACUUGUGAGAGGUAACUGCACGGUGACUGCUCCAUUUUUAAAGUGUACGU